ACAUCAUGGGGAGCCCAUCCAGAGGAUUUGAUACGACUCUAUCAAACCACGAUUCUGCCCGUAAUAGAAUACGGCAGCAUAUGCUUCAGAGGUGUCGCAGCUUCACACAUGCUGAAGCUCGAGAGGAUACAAUACCGUUGUUUGCGUAUCGCUCUAGGCUGCAUGCAGUCGACACAUACCAUGUCCCUAGAGGUCAUAGCUGGAAUACUACCACUCAAAGAGAGGCUGUUUGAGUUGGCUUUUCGUUUCCUCAUUAGAUCGGAAAUAGCAAAUCCAAUGCUUAUUGCGAACUAUGAGAAAUGUUUGGAAGUUGUUCAGAAACCCUGUAUGUCAGUAUACCAGCGGUUCAUGUCCAUGGAGAUAAACCCUUCGGUUGUUGCUCCAUCCCGUGAGAUUUCAACAUCGCUCAACAAUUCUUCUGUUGUAUUUGAUUUGACGAUGAAACAAGAAAUCCAUGGAAUUCCCGAUCACCUCAAACCAACAGUUGUGCCAUCAAUAUUUUCGGCAAAAUUUGGCCACCUCCCAAAACAGAAUUCCUUUUUCACGGACGGAUCUGUGAUGGAUGGACAUUCCGGAUAUGGCGUUUUCAACACAGAUCAUCGCAUAUCUCGCAAACUGGCACAGCCCUGCUCCAUAUACGUAGCUGAAUUAGCUGCCAUACACAAUUCGCUGCGAAUUAUCGAGCUCAAGACACCAGACAAUUACUUCAUCUUCUCGGACAGCCUCAGUUCUAUCGAAGCUCUCCGAUCGAUUAAACCGGUCAAGCACCCGUCCUAUUUCCUUCCGGAAAUCAGACGGAUAUUAGAAGUGCUGGUUGAUCGGUCUUUCAUUAUCUGCUUUGUGUGGGUCCCCUCUCAUUGCUCAAUCCCAGGCAAUGAAGAAGCUGAUUUAUUAGCAAAAAGGGGUGCCAUAGAUGGAGAUAUAUUUGAUAGACCGAUCACCUAUACCGAGUAUUUUCAUCUGCCCCGACAACUGGCUCUGGAAAACUGGCAGGAAAAGUGGAAUAAAGACGACCUUGGGCGAUGGAUGCACUCGAUCUCGCCCAAAGUGUCUACAAAAGCUUGGUUCAAAGGGUUAGAUUUAACUCGUGAUUUCAUUCGAGUUAUUUCGCGCCUAAUGUCCAAUCACUAUGUUGCAAACGCACACCUCUAUCGAAUAAACUUAGUCGAUAGUAAUCUGUGCGAAUGUGGAGGGUACGAAGAUAUUGACCACAUAGUCUUCGUAUGCCCUAAGUACCACAGAGCAAGGGCCAAGCUUAUAGAUUCUCUCCGGAAACAGGAAGUGACGUUUACAAUGCAAGUACGGGAUGUGCUUGCUAGCCGCAACCCCGCGCUUAAACAUGAAUCAUCGCUUCUUUUUGAGAGACAUGAUCCACCGAACUUAGAUUUUGAUUUCAAAGAGAUAAGAAACCAUCACCCUCAACGAAUAGUAGUAAGGAUUAGUAUUUAGUUAUAAAGAGAAAAACUUUGAUGUUAAUGUUAGUCGUAAGCUUAAAUGACAUGUAUUUUUAAAUUGUAUUUUUAAAAGAGAAAAGAUGAGAGGGUUUUUAUGCCUGUUUGAGGAGGAGCAGUCGGGAUACAGGCUCUACUCAAGCUGGCUUUUCCCUACUCCAAAAGAUAUUCGGCCCCGUUAUGCUUCGCGGUUGGGCCUAAAUAAAUAUUAGAGUUAAAAAAAAAAA